AUGGCUGCGUCCUCGUGUCAUACGUGAGUCCAAUCAAGUCGUGUGAUUAAUUCUUAUCAGAGGAAAUUCCUGUAAACAGUCAAAGGUACUCUAUAUUUAUUUGUCAAUCUUUUUAUGCAGCUAUAUUUCAUGGAACUGUAUUGAAUAUUAAUCCAUUAAGUGGUGCGGAGUGUUUCAUGUGGACAGCUAUAAAGUAGCUAGCUACCAUGCUGAUGUUUUUCUAUCUAAUGUGUCAGACUGGCUAGCUAGGCUACACCUUUCAGUGAAUUAGAUAGUGAAUAGUUACCCUUUAUUCCAUUUGUUUUCAUCAGCUAUAGCACGUACCAGUUAGAAUACAGAAAUUCAAGGGGUUUUAUCUACCGAUAGCUGCUAGCUACAACUGAUGCGUUUUGUCAUCAUAGCUAACUAGUUUGCUUAUGGCUAGCUACUUCAGCUACACGCUUUGGUAUAAGGACACUUUUUAUAACAAUCUAGCUUGCUCCUUGUACUGUACUAAGAUCAAAAUAUCCAAUUGGAAUACACAGAACUGUUCAUCAUGAAUGUAGUCUUAAUCAUAUUAACAAUGGAACUGUUAUCUAUUCAUAGGAAAAUGAAGCCCAACGGGAGUCAGAUGAAAAAUAUGCGCCCUUUCUCUCGGACGAAGUCAGCCAAACGGGGGAUCCAUGUGAAGGGCAGCUGGAAAGCAGUAGAACUGGACCCCAGUCUCUUCUCAGAAGAGGGCAUGGGGGGACUGGUCUGUUUUGAGGAGCUGACAGACUACCGCCUAAUAGACUCUGCCAAGGAAGAAGCUAAAGCAGAAGCUAAAGCAGACAAAUAUAAAAAGAAGAGAAAAGAAAGAAAAGAAAAGAAAAAAGCUAAAAAAGAAAGGCUAGUGAGAGAGAUAAGGAUGGAGGGAAACAAAAGGAGGUAUGUGAGGGAGGUAGUUACGAAAAUGAAACGUCUGAAAAACCAGCUAGGAAGAAGAAUAAAAAGAAAACAACCCAACAAAAUGAUCCAACCACACAGGAUGACAUUUCUGCGGACAGUAAAGUGAAAAGUGAGGAGGUGAGUGACAAAGUCCAAAACCUUAAAAAUGGUUCAGAGAACAUUGUGGUCAAGGAGGAAGAGGAGAAAGCCCCUGAAGAAACUGUCUUACAAGAUGCUGUUAUGUGUCCUGAGGAUGCUCAGCCACAAUCAAACAAUACAAAGACUGAUGGCAAAAAUAAGAAAAGAGGAAAAAGAAAAGAAAGGUAGAAAAGCAGACAGUCCCAGAGUCACAGACAGUCCCAGAGUCACAGACAGAGUUACCCCCUCAAGGCAAAGUGUCUAAACUCUCCAAAAAGAAAGCAAAGAAUUGGACCAACGCGGCACGCUCUGGUUCUGACCAAAACUCAGAUGUGACAGCAUGGAAGGAUCUGUUUGUCCCUGACCAAGUGUUGAAGGCACUGAGCAGUCUAGGGUUCGGAUCACCCACGGCCAUUCAAGCUCUGGCAUUGCCACCUGCUAUCAGAGACCAUAUGGACAUUGUUGGGGCAGCCGAGACGGGUAGUGGUAAGACGCUGUCUUUCGGCAUCCCCAUGAUCCAUCAUAUCCUGGAGUGGAAGAAGGGAGCAGAUGAAAGUGAGGGGGCGACAGAUGGCCAGACUGAGCCAGGAACACAGGUGGAAAGCCUGUACCUGCCGAGAGUGGAGGAAUCUGUAGAGACUGAGACAUGUAUUUCCAUUGACACCAGCAAUGAGGUCACUGAGGAAACCACAGAGCAGGAAUAUCCACAAGAGCAGGGGAGUGAAGAUGUAGCAGAGGAAGACAAAGAUGCUGCUGAUGACAAAGAAAUAAUUGAGGAUGACGAAAAAACAAUUGAGGAGGAGGAGAAUGAUGAAGAAAUAUAUCAGGAGGACGAGGAUGAGAGUGACUCUGAACAGAUAGGGUGCGUCAAAGUCAUUGAGAAUAUGGAGUUUGAAUUUGACAACACAGCAGAAGAAGAGACUCUGAAAGUCAGUGAGAAACAGCCAUUGUUAGGAUUGGUUCUCUGCCCGACCAGGGAGCUGGCUGUACAGGUGAAACAUCACAUUGAUGCUGUGGCUAAGUUUACUGGUGAGUGCUAAAGGCAGUGAGAAGCCACUGAUUCAUAAAAAAAAUUGGGGAUUACCCUAUUCAUGAAGUAGGUGUGGGCUUUCAAGAAUCAGAUUUGAAUGAGAUUCCACAAACCUAUUUAAAUGAAUAGAUUCAACUGAUUUGUUCCUGUGUACAGGUAUAAAAACAGCGAUUGUGGUCGGUGGAAUGGCUCAGCAGAAACAGAUCAGGAUGCUGAAACGCAGACCUGAGAUCAUCAUUGCCACUCCAGGACGCCUGUGGGAGAUGAUCAAAGAGAGGCAUCCACAUCUGGUGAACCUAAGGCAGCUAAGGUAUAUACAUUUUUAAAAAGUGUAGUUUUAUGACAUUACAUUACAUGUAGGCCGUACUUGGCAACUAAAAGCUGAAUUACGUACACAGCACAUACAAGUAAACAAAAACAGUAAGAAAUCAGGAAGUCAGGGUGUGAGCUGAAGCUAUUUGUUUUGGUAGCGUCAAUUUAAUCAGUAGUGUGUUUAAAUAGUUGGUAUAAUGCAUGUUCAAUGCAGAUGUUUGUCCAUAUCUGGCCUGGAAAGUAACAUUUUUGCUUCAUACCAGUCAUGAUUGUAAAGCAUCAGUAAAACAUUUUUUCUUUCUUCAUAGGUGCCUAGUCAUUGACGAAGCAGACCGCAUGGUGGAAAGAGGCCAUUUUGCUGAGCUGGAAAGUCUGCUGGAGAUGCUGAACACUGUCCAGUUCAACCCAAAGAGGCAGACAUUUGUGUUCUCUGCCACCCUGACCAUGGCCCACAGCUUGCCCACCCGUGUCCUACAGAAGAAGGGCAAGAAGGUCGACCAGAGGAGCAAGCUGGAGGUCCUAAUGGAGAAAGUGGGGAUCAGGUCCAAGCCUAAAGUCAUUGAUCUGACCCGGAAGGAGGCUACAGUCGAGACCCUGACUGAGAGACGGAUACACUGUGAAAAGGAAGAGAAGGAUUUCUUCCUGUACUACUUCUUGCUCCAGUAUCCAGGCCGGACUAUGGUGUUUGCCAACAGUAUUGACUGCAUCAAGCGGCUCAACUCUCUGCUGGUCAUCUUGGACCGUACUCCACUGCCACUGCAUGCCAACAUGCACCAGAAGCAGCGCCUAAAGAACCUUGAGAGGUUCGCUGAGAGGGAGAGGUGAGGCGUAGAAAAAGUACAUGGAAAUGCUGCAGGCUAGUUAUUAUCCAUAUCGGUUUUGAGUUAUGAAUUGGAUUAGCCUUGAGUGGGUCAGCAAAUACAUCUGUACCAUAAACUAUUUUAACUAUAGUACACAUUGAUAUUUACAGCUGUGUGCUCCUGACAACUGAUGUGGCGGCAAGAGGGCUUGACAUUCCAAAUGUUCAACACGUCAUUCAUUACCAGGUAUGCCUUUUGACACCUUUGGUGGCUUCCUGUCAUACUUUGUCUCUAACAGUUAUUCCUUAAAUUAAGAACAUUCUUGUGUGUCCCAGGUUCCAAGGACGUCAGAGACUUAUGUCCACCGCAGUGGUAGGACAGCACGAGCCACCAAAGAGGGUCUCAGUUUGCUCCUGGUUGGGCCAGAUGACAUGAUGAACUUCAAGAAAAUCUACAGAGCUCUGGGAAAGGAUGAGGAGGUUCCCAUGUUUCCCAUACAGAGGAAGUGCAUGGCUGCCAUCAAGGUAGGCACCUAGCCAGGCACCUGUAUUUGAUCACAUGAUGGUCAAUCUGAGCUAGGAGCUGCACAUAUUUACUUAUUUUUCAUAAUAUGAAAUAUGGUACAAUGUUUUGUCUGCCUUGACAGGAGCGAGUCAACAUGGCCAGGAAGAUAGAGAAGAUUGAAUUCCACAAUAGCAGAGAGAAGCAGCACAACUCUUGGUUUAAGCAAGCAGCAGAAGCUCUGGAGGUGGAUCUUGAUGAUGAUGUUUUGCUUGGUAAGACUACAUAAUUAAAUGAGUUAUCUAGGAGUGGGAGGUUGCCUCAUGAGAAACCCAGACAUAAAAGGGACUUCCAUCAAUAGAUCAGUGACAUUUUGUUUUUUCAGGGGGGAGGAAGGAUGAGGAAGACGACAGGCAGCAGCAGAAGAUGGUGAAGGGCAUGAAGAAGCACCUGAAACACCUGAUUUCUCAGCCUGUAUUCAAGAAUGUGAUGAAGACCAAGUACCCCACACAGAUGGGUAAGCUCUCCCUGCCCAACAUGCCCCUACAUGGUUUGGAAACGGCCUUGACCAGUGUCUCCAAUCAGAAGAAAAUACAGAAACAAAAGAAACAGCAGUAGAAGUGUUAAAAAUUAGUGUCGUCUCAAUUAGAAUGUCUGAGAUUGAAUUUUUAUAAAUUGAGAUACAGUGCAAUUAUUGUAAACAUUUCACAUAAAAUGAUUUUAAGAGAUAUCAGUUGUGUUGUUUUUUUUGGGGGGGGGG